CCCCCCCCCCCCCUCCCCCUUAUCCCCCAGUCAUCCAUGUCCGGACUAUUGAAGAAGGCGCGGGCUGGGCGCAAGGCGGUGCAGGCCAAGGUCGGGGCGCGAGUGACCAAGCGACGAGAGCAGCUGCACCAGAAGCGUGUGGCGGCGACGCAACGUGUGCGGGGGAAGCGAGCGGACGGACGACUGGGCAAGACUGAGUUGGAGGCACGAAUGUAUGAGGCUGCACGCUAUGAUCAGUAUGCGCUUGCUGCUUUGCUCAAGGACCGACUGGCGGCGGUGCGCGAGGCCAAGGCCGCUCUUGCCGAUGCUCGCCUGGCCAAGGACUUUACCACAGCCGAGGCUCUUGAUGCCAAGCUCAUUCAGCUCACAGAGCGCGAGCCAUUCGAGGCCGAGGUCGAGAGCCUAUACGCUGCAUGGGCAGAGACCCAUCCGCAUCGCGCCGCGCGGCUGGAGGAGCACAAACGGAUGCGCGAUGGUGGGCCGGCGUAUGCCGGCAAUCCGCGGAAGGACGGCGGAAAGGGGAGGCUGGGCUCAGACUCGGGCUCGGGCUCGAACUCGGGAAGCAGCAGCUCAUCUUCCAGCUCAGGAGGGAGCGACGAUGGCGGCGCGGAUGCAAAUGCAGGACCAUCACUGGUGGCAGGCAUCUCGCAUCGGUUGCACAUCCGCAAGGUGUCGAUGGUGCACCGGCUGCGCGGGAAGCGGAAGGACGGCGGGCUGGGCAAGACUGAGCUGGAAGCGAUGGCGUACGAGGCCGAGUCCAAGGGCGAGUACGCUGUGGCAGCGCUGCUGCUCUCGCGGUGUCGGGCUCUGCAUGAUGCCAAGCUCGCCAAGAAGAAGGCUGUGGUCAACGAGAACUUUGCCGAGGCCGAGGUCCAGACCAAGAUCAUCAACUCGCUCCGGGCCCGCGAUCCGUUUAUGGCCGAAGUGGAAGCCAUGCGCAAGGACCAAGCGGUGUCAGACUCGGCUCGGUCAGACGCGGCGGCCGCUGAUGAUUCGAGCACUCAGUCAACAAGCAGUCCAGGCUCCAACGACGGUGUCAACAACAUGCCACGGCGCAACUCGGUGGUCGAGCGGCGCGGCUCGGUGGUCGAGCACUUUGACUCGAACUCGUCGUCACCGAUUGUGGUCUCGCACAUUACGCCAUCCCAGGCUGCUGCUGGGCGCUCGCCGUACGCCGACUACAAGGCUGAGCAAGAUGCGGCAUGGCAGGCAGACGGCAAGUGUCGACGACAACUCAAUGGCAUCGCCGAUUCCGGGCCCUCCUCGGCCAGUCGACAACAUGGCCAUCAUGUUUGACUCGGACUCGUCGUACGAAGCGCUGACCAUGGACGCAUUUCUUUAGUGGAACUCACCAGGCCUUGGCCGAGUACUCGACCGGCGUGUUAGGGGCUGGAGAGAGGGUCUCACCAAGGGUAUGAUACGCGGCGGCGGCGUCGGCGACGUCGUCUCGAGUGUCGUGUAGGUCGUCAAGCUCGACAUAUGAAGGGAGCCAAUGAAGGAAAGCGUUCGCGUCGAGCGCAGCAUCGAACCGCCUGAGACGACUGAGAAGCGUUGCGCCGAUGCCCGAGUGAGCAGCCAGGAGCGUGACCGCCGCUGGG